AUGACGUCAAUGAGCGACGAAGUUAAGGAAGCUGGAAGUUUCUUUACAGUACGACCAGUUUCUAGCGACGGUUGCACUCCGAAAAACCUUCGAGUCGUACUCAAGAAAUCGAGCGGCGGGUCAAAGUGUCGUUGAGUUUGUAUUUUUCACAUCAGGCGGCCUCUCUUUGUACACUUUGGCGCGCGUCUGAAGCCGGAGGACGGGAAAAAAAAGAGGGCGUCGAGUCGUCACACAGCGGUAACUGAAACAUGUUAGCACCGAGUCUGAUGGCGAACUACUGCACCGAACUCCACGACGACCAGGCGAACAAAUCUAACCCUGGAGAGAGAGAAUAAGGGAGAAAACAGAGUGCGACGAGAGAUGCGGGGGCCUAUAUGGAUGUUGGUGGACAAAUACCUGCACAGUCUUUUGCUGUCAGAUGAGACUUUGAUGGAAUUGUCAAUAAGAUUUCGACGAGAGAUGGACAAAGGUUUGUGCAGAGACACCAACCCCACAGCUGCCGUCAAGAUGCUGCCCACAUUUGUGCGCUCAACCCCUGAUGGAACAGAACAAGGUGAAUUCCUGACCCUUGACCUUGGUGGAUCUAACUUCCGAGUGCUCUUGGUCAAAGUCGUGGGUAAUGGCAAGCAAAAGGUGGAGAUUGAAAAUCAGAUUUAUGCGAUUCCUGAACACCUCAUGAGAGGCUGCGGGGCGAAGUUAUUUGACCACAUUGCUGAUUGCCUCUCUGAUUUCCUGGAGAAGAUGGGCAUAAAGGAUAAAAAACUUCCUCUGGGCUUCACCUUCUCUUUUCCCUGUCAGCAGACCAAGUUGGAUGAGAGUGUUUUGAUGUCUUGGACCAAAGGCUUCAAAUCCAGUGGAGUGGAGGGUAAAGAUGUGGUCAACCUUCUGAGGAAAUCCAUCAAAAAACGAGGGGACUUUGACAUUGACAUUGUGGCAGUGAUCAAUGACACAGUGGGAACCAUGAUGACAUGUGGCUAUGAUGAUCAGCACUGUGAAAUUGGCCUUAUCGUAGGAACGGGGACCAAUGCCUGCUACAUGGAACAGAUGAGGAACCUUGAGGUGCUAGAUGGUGACGAGGGGCGGAUGUGUGUUAAUACAGAGUGGGGUGCUUUUGGAGACGAUGGAGCCCUUGAGGACCUGCGCACUGACAUUGACCGAGAAAUAGAUGCAGGUUCUCUAAACACUGGAAAGCAGUUAUUUGAGAAGAUGAUCAGUGGCAUGUACAUGGGGGAAAUGGUCCGUCUCAUCCUUGUGAGGAUGACCAAAGAGCAGCUGCUGUUCCAGGGCAAGACUACAGCAGAGCUCCUCACCACUGGAAGCUUCAACAGCAAAUACAUCUAUGCCAUUGACAGCGACAAAGAUGACGAAGGCCUGACAAGUGCUGAGAAGGUGCUUCGUGGACUGAGUCUGGACCCAUCAGUUGAGGACUGCAUAGCCACUCAGAGGGUGUGUCAGAUAGUAUCUACACGGGCCGCCCACUUGUGUGCGGCCACUCUAGUGGCAGUGCUGCGGCAAAUUCGGGAUAACAAAGCGGCUGAGAAGCUUCGUACUACCAUUGGAGUGGAUGGCUCAGUUUACAAGAAUCAUCCAGAGUUUUCCCGGAGGCUCCACAAGAUGGUGCGGCGACUUGUCCCAGACUGUGAUGUGCGUUUUCUGCAGUCACAGGAUGGCAGUGGGAAGGGUGCAGCCAUGGUAACAGCAGUAGCUUACCGCCUUGCUGCACAACAUGCGGAGCGCCAGGGCAUCCUCGACACCUUGCGCUUGAGCCGUGAACAGUUGCUUGAGGUGAAGAAACGCAUGAGUGAGGAGAUGGUGCGAGGCCUGUCGAAACAAAACCGGGAGCAGGCAAGUGUCAAGAUGCUUCCCACCUAUGUCAGAUCAACACCAGAUGGAACAGAGCAUGGAGAUUUCUUAGCUUUGGACCUUGGAGGCUCUAGCUUUCGGGUGUUGCUCGUGCGAAUGCAAAGUGGAAAGGGACACAAUGUGGACAUGCACCACAAGAUCUACAGUAUCCCACAGGAGACCAUGCAAGGCACAGGGGAACAGCUUUUCAGCCAUAUUGUAUACUGCAUCGCUGACUUUCUGGAGUACAUGGGCAUGAGAGGAGCAUCCUUACCUUUGGGAUUUACAUUCUCUUUCCCCUGCCAUCAGAGCAAACUGGAUCAGGGCAUUCUUCUGAAGUGGACAAAGGGUUUCAAAGCCAGUGGCUGUGAGGGACAAGAUGUUGUUACGUUACUUAAAGAAGCUGUCUGUCGGAAACGGGAAUUCGACUUAAACUUCGUGGCGGUGGUUAAUGACACCGUGGGAACCAUGAUGACCUGUGGCUAUGAGGACCCCAACUGUGAGGUGGGACUCAUCGUAGGUACAGGGACCAAUGCCUGCUACAUGGAGGAAAUGCACAACAUCGAACUGGUGGAAGGUGAUGACGGUCGCAUGUGUGUCAACAUGGAGUGGGGAGCAUUUGGUGACAAUGGUGAACUUGAUGACUUCUGCACCCAGUUUGAUCACACUGUCGAUGAUUGCUCUAACUACCCGGGGAAACAGAGGUAUGAGAAGAUGAUCAGUGGCAUGUACCUGGGGGAGAUAGUGAGGAAUGUCUUAAUUGAUUUUACCGCUAAGGGUCUGCUCUUCAGAGGCAAACUGUCCGAACAACUCAAGACCCGGGGCAUCUUCGAGACAAAGUUCCUGUCACAGAUUGAAAGAGACCGUCUGGCCAUGCGACAGGUCCGCUCAAUUCUGCAGCACCUGGGACUCACCAGUUCCACGUGUGACGACAGCGUAGUGGUGAAGGAGGUGUGUCUUGUGGUGGCGCGCCGUGCAGCUCAGCUCUGUGGUGCUGGUCUGGCCGCAGUGGUCGACAAGAUACGACAGAACCGCAACUUGAAUCAGCUCUCCAUCACCGUGGGAGUUGAUGGCACCCUUUAUAAGACACACCCACAUUUCUCCAGAAUCAUGCAAGAAACAUUGCAAGAUUUGGCACCGCAGUGUCAGGUGACCUUCCACAAGUCAGAGGAUGGAAGUGGGAAGGGAGCAGCACUGAUCACAGCUGUGGCCUGUAGGGUCAAGAGCGAAGGGCACCAUUAAUCGCCCAAGACGUAGGUGGUCAGGAAACCUCAUAGCUAUUUUCUGUGCUGAAUAGUUACACACAAUCUGACUCUGAGUUUUGUUUUGGAGUUAUUAAGUGUUUAGUUUGACUUCAUUUGAUCGAUUUUGUUCCUGUGGGUUACCACGCACUAGUGUUACAUUAUAUAAUAAUUAAUUUACGCAAUAAAUUUGCAUAUGUAUGGUGUGAGCUUACACUGAGACGGAGGGUGCUAGAAGAGUUGCACCUUCUGUGAAAGUAUGACUGUUACGAACUGUCUUCUCACUUACAACGAUAAGAAAAGACUUGUGAGACUGACUAGAACUGACUGAGACAUAACUGGAACCAAGGCUUAUUCGUUUGUUAUUUAGUGCAAGCACAUGUGUAAAACCUCUGUGCAUAACCGACUGCUCAUUCUGGUCAUACACUCAAAUGACUACAGAAAGCUUUUUUAGGCUUGAGAAACAUUUAGUUUCUAAAUUAAUUGUUUUCCCGGAGCGAGAAUUAAGGAAAGGAUUACAGAAGAUGAAUUGAGGGAUUUUCCUUAGUCUUUUCAGACUUUUUAAUUUAUUUUUUUGUAUAACAAUAACUUGCACCUUUUUGGCUUGUGCAUUGUACAAAGGGAGAAAAAAGACAUCCUGUCGUUUUGGAAAUGUCUGUUGUGCUCUGUAGCUUUCAGAGAGAAAUUUGAGGUCAUUCCUGAAUCAAAAUGAAGUACAAUUAAUGAGUCUGUUGUUUUCCUUUAAAUGUUGCUUUGUUAAAACCGUUAAUCAAAUAGUUCUGCUUUAUGAAACAAAUGUUUAUUGAGUUGUGCACAAAUAUUGUAAAUGUUCCUUUCCUGUAUCCAGUGGCACAACACCAUAGUUUCUGGUUAGCUAAAAAAAAUGAUUGAAGAUGAUGAUGAUGAAUAUCAAUAUUUCCUGUGCUCAGAAACUAAAAUGAAACCUUGAUUUUUGCUUCUUAUGGAACAUAUCCCAUAUUUAUAGUAAUACCUUUUUUUGGCCAACGGCUUUUUCAUUAGGAAACCUUUAAAGGUCCAGUAAGUGAUUCUAAAGCAAUACACGUUUUGUAAAAAUCAGGGAAUAUUUCCUCACUGUCAGCUAGCUGUUGGUUCUGUGUGCGGGCCGAAAAAAUAUCUGGGUUUUUCGACAACAAUAAAACUAGUAACAAUCUUUCUCCAGAAUCGCUUACUGCCCCUUAAUCCUUCCAUGUCUGAUACUUGCCUUACAGUGCUGCUGUUACAGUGUCAUCAGUCAAAUAAAAGCGGCCUUGAAAUGUUCA